GAGAGGAUGGUGCUGCUGACCACCAAAGUGAUGCAAAGAGUUGCCCUGUUCAUCUCCUUCGGGGGUCUGAUCACAACUUUUGUCACCACCUUUCUGCCCUUAUGGAAGACUCUUAACACGGAGCUGAACGAGAUGGAGAACUGGUACGAGGGCCUGUGGCACACCUGCAUCUUCACAGAGGAGGUUGGUGUACAGUGUAAGGCCUUUGAGUCACUGCUGGCACUGCCAUCUGAUGUGUUGGCUUCCCGCGUGCUCAUGUUCAUCUCCAUCGGGACAGGCAUGCUGGCUGUUACCGUAGCCUUCUUUGGCUUGGAUGGCGUGGAGCUGGGGCCGAGCCGUGCACAGCUGAAGAGGGGCUUGCUCAUUCUGGGUGGCGUGCUUUCCUGGGUCUCCGGCAUUGCCACACUACUGCCUAUUUCACUAGUGGCCUAUAUGACCGUGGUGGAGUUCUGGGAUCAGAGUGUCCCUGAUGUCGUUCCCCGCUGGGAGUUUGGAGAGGCACUCUUCUCUGGAUGGUUCUCAGGCUUGAUUCUUGUCACUGGCGGGUCAUUUUUCUUUGUGUCUGUUUGCAUGCGUGACUGCAGUGAAGCCUCAAGCCCACCAAGUACCCAGGACACUCCAAGAACACAGGAGUACCUAAAGACAGAAGUCUUAUAG